CAUUUCUUCGCAACCGAAGCAGCCCAGAUGUGACUGAUCAGGCAAGUCAGGCAAGCGUCUUCAUGGACAGGACAAGUGCGCACGGGAAUGAACAAACCACAGAGCGCCGCGACAGCCGUUAAAUCCGCCAAAGACUCACCGCACCUCGGAGCUCCUGGAAGGAUUUACGCAGUACAGACACUUCAGCAGUUGCCCUUGCAAAAAUGUUGCAAAUCGCCAUCAAUCGACCAAUCCGGGCUAUGACGUCGGCCGUCCUUUCCCUGCCCUGCCCCACCGGCGGAUGCCACCCUCGAAAUGACCCUGGUCGACAUGGAAGAAGCAACAAAACAAAACUAGUGUAAUUCAGAUUUUAAAAAGGAAGCUUCGUCCCAUCCGUGCCUUUGUCAUGGAAAGAACUCCUCUCUUUGUGAGCAUCACAUUUCUAGACUCGGCCACGGUUCCUUCCAGCACGACGGGAGUUAUUAGGUACCUACCAUGUCACCGUUGGACCGUGAACCGGCGGUCGAUGCUGCUGCUGCAUCUGAGAAGCAACAGAUGCAUGAACCACCACCACCACCACCACCACCACAACCACCUCUCGCACGGGCGCCUUCCUCCCAGAAACAGGACGAACGCCUCGACUCCAACAGGCCUGAGCACUUGGACCCUCUGGACGACCCUGAAAAUCAAUCGCCCAUGUCGCGUCGCCACACCGAUUCCCAUAUGAACACCAGUUCCAGCAGCGACGAUGAGUAUGACACCGAAAAGGACAGCGACGAAGAUGCCGACGAGUACGACGGCCAUCGCAUCACUAGCCGAGACAUCCGACUGACCCGCACUCGCACCAACCGGAGCAUGAGAUCCAGCACCAAGGAAGGACCGGAGCACGCCAACACCACGGGCCGACUCGACCUCACCAAGACUGUUUCCCGUCGUGACACUGUCCUCUCGCGCCUGCGAUCCCGCCCUACCGCGCGGUUCGAGUUCAACCAUCCGCUAGCACACACACCGACUGGCAAGGAUGUCAUUGUCGACUUCGAGGGUCCUGACGACCCCUACCGCCCCAUGAACUGGCCCAUGAAGAAGAAGAUCAUGACCACCAUGCUCUACGGCUUGAUCACCAUGAGUGCCAGCUGGGCCUCCUCCAGCUACUCGGCCGGUACCGCACAGGUGUCGAAUCACUUCCACGUUGGCCAUGAGGUAGCUGUCCUGGGUACUUCCAUCUUCUUGGUUGGUUUCGGUAUUGGCCCUCUGCUAUGGGCGCCGUUGAGUGAGGUUUUUGGGAGGAGAGUUGCUGUCUUCGUGCCCAUGUUCUUUGCUACUUGUUUCAGCUUCGGUAGUGCCACUGCCAAGGACUAUCAAACUCUGAUGAUUACUCGCUUCUUUGGUGCCUUUUUUUCUUCGGCUCCCGUGACCAACACCGGUGGUGUGCUGGGAGACUUGUUCUCGCCUGCCGAAAGAGGUAUCGCCAUGGCGGGAUAUGCCAUGGCAGUUGUUGGUGGUCCAGCUAUCGGCCCCGUCGUCUCAGCUGCGGUUGCCAUUCAGCCCAGUCUCGGUUGGCGCUGGACCCUCUACCUCACCGGCAUCCUACAAGCCUUCGUUCUCGCCCUCGGCUUGAUCUUCAUCGACGAAUCUUACCCUCCGCGGCUGCUCGUCAACAAAGCCCGUCGCCUGCGCAUCCAAACCGGCAACUGGGCACUCCACGCCAAGUUUGAGGAAUGGGAUGUUACCUUCUCUGAGCUCGCCCAAAAGUUCUUACUUCGCCCGGUGCAGCUCCUUUGCACGCCCAUCUGCUUCCUCGUCGCUCUUUAUGCUAGCUUCUGCUACGGUAUUCUGUACAUGCAGCUUGGCGCGAUUCCCAUUAUUUUUGGCGAAGUCCGCGGGUGGACGCAGCUGGUUGCUACUCUGCCGUUGUUGUGCAUUUUCAUUGGUGCAAUGAUCGGUUGCGGCGCGAACGUGUAUAACCAGUUUAUCUACAACAAGGCGUACCGCGCCGCUGGCGACCGUGCCGUUCCUGAACGCCGUCUGCCGCCCAUGAUGGUUGGGUCCGUCAUCUUUUCGGGUGGGCAGUUCAUGCUCGGGUGGACUGCGCCAAAAGAUAUCCACUGGAUUGUGCCCUGCAUCGGUCUGAUUCUUAUGGGAUCGGGAUUUUUCAUGAUCUUCCAGGCUGCGCUGAAUUACUUGGUCGAUACGUUUACGCGGUAUGCGGCCUCGGCGGUGGCUGCGAACACGUUCCUCCGCUCGUGCUUUGCGUGCGCGUUUCCCUUGGUUGUCACCCCCAUGUUCCAUAACAUUGGUGUGGGACCGGGAUCGUCGAUUACCGGAGGGUUUGCGGCUUUGUUGAUACCUGUUCCGUUUGUCUUUUUCGUCUAUGGAAAGAGGAUCAGAAAGAGGUCGAAGUGGUCGAGACCUAGCGUUUACGACUGAGGGAUCCAUGAUGGAUGAUGAGAUGAUGCAUGGAUCAUGCAUUUCGGGGAUUAUGGGUAUGUUAUGUUUGAUGAUGCAUUUUACGGCGUUCUGGAUCAUCUACACGAGAUACCAAGUGCUUGCAUUGCGUUUGAGCUUUGCUUGGAAAUUCUUGCCGACUUGUUGAAGUACAAAUACCUGUCAGUAGACGAAUAAUAUUAAUUCUUCUUAUC